CCUUUACCACAUCAAUUAAUAUAGAUCUACUCUAUAGAAGGCACUGGUUCAAAUGAUCAAAUCUUACUAUUUUUAGGUUAUGUUAUUCUUAGGUUAAGGUAAUACGUAGCCGUAAAUUUAUGGUUUUUAUAGUAAUUUAUUUUGUAUGAUUUUUAACGUUCAUUGAAAAUGUAUAAUGUUGUAGCAUAGUGAAUCUGCCUUUAGUACAUUCAAUUGCAUCGUUUAAAAUGCCAUUUAUUAUCAUAACUGGAACACCCAGUUGUGGGAAAACUAAACGAACCGAAGAGAUAAAAAGUUAUUUAGAAGAACAUGGUAAAAAUAAUGUGCAUAUUGUAUCAGAAAAUGAAGUCAUCAGAAAGUCAGAUUUGACAAGAGACGCUGUAUAUUCAAGUGCCCAAAAAGAGAAGGAAAUUCGUGGAGUUUUAAAAUCGGAGUCGUUAAGAUUACUUGGGACUGGCGGCACAGUGAUAUUGGAUGCUGGAAAUUAUAUCAAAGGUUACAGAUACGAGCUGUACUGCGCAACGAAGGGCAUCCAGACGACCCAGGUGACAGUGGAGUGCUGUGCGAGCGAAGAGGAAGCGUGGUCGUGGAACGUGAGUCGCGCAGAGCAGGAACAGUAUUCGCGGGCGACGUUCGACGCGCUGAUCAUGCGCUAUGAGACGCCCAACAGUCAGAACAGGUGGGACUCUCCGCUCGUCGUUCUGCUGGCCAGCGAUCCCUUGCCCGGUCAGCAUAUAUGGUCGCUGCUCUACGAGCGCAAACCACCGCCUCCAAAUAUGUCCACUCAGAGUUUACCAGCAACUGGUACCACAUUCGUAUACGAUAUAGAUAGGAUAACCAAGGAACUCAUUGAUAGUAUUGUGGAAGCGAAGAAGAUGGGUGGUGAAAAUAGCAAAAUAAAGCUGAGCGGCUUCGAAGGCUUGACAGUCGGCCAUUUUGGACCGAAUCUGACGCAUCCUCAGCUGGCCAGGCUCCGGAGGCAAUUUCUGCAGUACACCAAACUCAAUCCCCCUUCAUCCAAUGAGGCCUCACGUGAGAAAAUAGCUCAACUAUUUAUACAAUACUUGACUUCUGUUCAUAAAUGUUGACAUUUUCA